AAGCUUUUUUUCUGUGCUCCUGGGAACAGUGGUUUGUAAUGAAUAGGACCACUUCACAACUUUUUUGGACAGAGAUGGCUACCACCAGUCUUCUUUCCCUUUAUGGAGAAACGUUUUCCAGUUUGCAUGAACCAGUUACUGAUGAACCAAACACCACUCCCUUACACAACUAUGCUGAAUAUGAAGAUAUUGAUCCAUCUGUGUUAUCCUGUGAUUAUGGAGUUCAUGCAUCCAACAUCCUACCUGUGUUAUACUCUCUGUUCUUCGUGUUGGGCCUGCUGGGUAACCUGCUGGUGUUAUGGGUGAUAUUGAUGGGUGUAAAGCUGAGAAGCAUGACUGACAUCUGUCUCCUGAACCUGGCUUUAGCUGAUCUCCUGCUGGUCUCCUCUCUCCCGUUCCUGGCUCACUAUGCCAGAGAUCAGUGGGUCUUUGGAGGCCCCAUGUGCACCAUGGUUUUAGGCGUCUAUCACAUUGGAUUCUACAGUGGGAUUUUCUUCAUUGUGCUGAUGAGUGUUGACAGAUAUUUAGCUGUGGUUCAUGCUGUGUUUGCUUUUAAAGUCAGAACAAAGACAUAUGGGAUCUUAGCCAGUGUGAUCAUCUGGAUCAUUGCUGUUGCAGCAUCGUUUCCUGAGCUUAUGUACCUGAAAACCAAUGAACACAAUGAUAAAACAUACUGUCAGUCUUAUCCAACAGAUGAUCACAACUCUCACCAUUAUGCAAACACUGUUGGUAUCAUUAAGAUGAAUGUUUUAGGAUUAAUUAUUCCACUGUGUGUAAUUGGAUUUUGUUACUCAAUGAUUCUUCACAGACUCCUAACAGUUCGCUCUUCCAGGAAACAGGCCGUGAGACUUGUCAUUGUAGUGAUGGUUGUCUUCUUCUGCUGUUGGGCUCCAUAUAAUAUUGCAGCUUUUGUGAAAGCAUUAGAGUUAAAUAAACUCAUAGAGCCAUCCUGUGAAAAAAGCAAAGCAAUCACUCUUAGUCUUCAGAUCACAGAAGCUCUGGCUUACUCACACAGCGGCUUGAAUCCCAUUCUCUAUGUGUUUGUAGGAGAGAAAUUUAGGGGGCACCUUUUUAGACUCCUGAACAAAACACCCGUCAGCAGAUUACAGUUCAUGAAGAGUUGCCUUAUACAGGCUACAGGAUCUGUUUAUUCACAGACUCCCAGUGUGGAUGACAGACUUAGUACAGCAGUGUGAAUGAAAUAAAUCCCCAAACACUAGUUAGGGUGAGUUUGAAGGUUCUGUUACAUUUCUUUUGUGUGUUAUUUUACUUUGGCAUACAGUAAGUGAAUGUUUAUGUUAUGGUUCUAGUCACCAUAGCAUGGGCUGUAAAGAUCAAUAACACUUUAACUUCCUCUAUAAGAGGUGAAAUAGCAGUGAUUGUGAUUGGGUCUUAUUGUAAAAAUCUGGUUAGAGAUGCAUGUUAUGUUAUGGUUAGAGUUGGCAAUGUAAUUGUCUUUAACACUUUUUGGCUUGUUUUAACAGAUGGAAUUUCAAAAAGUGUUUGCAAU